AUGAGCGCUGUCGCCAGGCUCCUGAAAUGGGCUCCUUGCCUAUGGGCCAUAUCUAAGCUUGCCAGCAAUUCCGGUCAAGCUCAAAGGGCACAGAUCCUGAAUCCCCAUUCUGGGUCUCACUACCCCUCAAUUGGAACAUUGGACGUGCUGCAUUCGCUCAGCUUUACCGCUCGGACUGUUGUCAAGCAUACGCACAUUCCCAGGGCAUCCCCUGCACUUCGUCGUUCUCAAACUGAAGUUGAUAAUGUUGCACCACCCGUCGAUCGACCACGCCGGAGGUGGUUCACUCUGCGUCUGCCCAGUGCUUUCCGUCAUUGGAAUCCUCAGGUGUACAUCGGCUGGCAAUGGGAGUAUCCUCCCUAUCUACCUGUCAGAGUCGGGAUCCAUGCAGUCACGAAGACUUCAAAGAUCGUUCGUCAAGCUAGAGAAGCCUUCGUCGGGAUACCUGUCCCAGUAGAGCUGGAAGUAGCCAUUCUCAAGGCCUUGAUAAAUCCAGCAAGGCGACCAGGAGCAAGAGCCGACGUAGACGUCCGCUUGGUCUGUAAAGCAUGGAACCACAUCCUUCGCCCCUACUUCUGGCAAAAGAGAUGGCUCAAUAUUAGGCCUGAGAACGCCACCUGGGCUUCCAUCGGCGAGCGACUGAAUGCACUCAUCAGAAACGCUGAUGUUAUCACCAAAGUCAAGAUGAACGCAAGGCUCACCGACAUUGAGCCUACUCCCCUAGAACGCGCUCUGCAAAAGUGUCCAGAGCUGGGAGAAUUGGCUCUCUGCGAGAUCAAAGGAAUCAAAGUUGGUCUUUUGGACUCGCUCAAUGAGAUCCUCUUCAAGCAACUUAUGCAUCACCACCAGGAAAGAAUCACUCAUUUCGGAUUCCGAUUCGAUGAUACCAUCCUAUUCCUUGGUAGGCGCUCUCUUUUCGCCGACUCAAAUCUCUUUCUGCCGAAAGUACGCAAGAUCACCAUUGACAUCAGUGACACCGUAGAAGCACUGAUGCUCGAGGAUCGAUACGGAAAUAGUGCUGGUCCGCUCUCCUCGUUCGUCGCCUCGCUUGCUGACAACGGAGGCAGGAAGAGUCAGAAAACGUUGGAGAUUCGACUCUUCUGUCAGCCGAGGCAGUUGCAGAUCGAAAAUCAUCAUAUCAGGCUGGCUACUCAGAUCUUCAAUUCGGUCAUGAGAGUCCUUGAUGAAGCAGCAGGGAUCAAUCUCGUCUUUUCUUUCAAAGGGCCACUCAGGGCUCAGCAAGCACGCAAGCUUUACGAUAUUCGCAACUGGGCUGCUGAGAACGGGAUCAGUCUGCUUGACAUUCGAGGUCAUCAAGCAAACCGGAUCGUUGGGCAAAGCGGACAAGAAAUCGCGAGGGAAGUCGCUUAUGCGCAAAACAGAUGGUCCCUGUACUAG